CGUCGCUAGAGUAGUUUAUUGUGUACAUGUAACAAAGCUCGCGCCCAAAAACUCGUAGAACAAAAAGAAGUGUGAAAAGAACAAGUUGAAUCAUGCACGGUUACGAACAUCAGAAAAAGAUUUUCAAUGAUAAACUAGGAAACUUGCUGGAAAAAAAGAUUUUUACGAUGCUGGAAUACGAAGCGCCAAUGACACAUUUUUUUUUCCCGAACGCAUGUAACGUGUGUCACGUUUACGGUAAAGAUGUCGAAUUAAAAAGAUGUUCAAGCUGCAAAAUGAUAACUUAUUGCGGUCGUAAACAUCAAAUAGAACAUUGGCCUCUGCACAAAGACAUAUGUCGGGUACUUAGCGACAUUCUAAAAGAAAAAGGCAAACUUUAUGAACCGCGUACAAAUAUGGAAAGGAAAGAAGCAUGGCUGGUGGUGAAAACACAUUUAAAACGUUUGGUAGAACGAAAACUGGGCCGCACCCUGACGAAUCAUGAGAUGGAAAUGAUACAAGCUCCAAGAUCGUGUGAAAUUUGCCAUGAAACAGAUCCUCAGAAAUUGAGCAAUUGUAACGAUUGUCCAUUUGCCAGUUUUUGCAACAAGCAUCCACAAGACAGCAAACAUUCUGAGAAAUGCAAAGCAAAUAACAUUUUCUUGGAAACACACUUUGUUAUGCUACCACCGGGUGAAUAUUUUGAAUCGAACAAUUAUGGCAAAAGUAUUCCCAGAGACAUGAAAGAAGCAAUUAAACUGUACGAAUCAACUUACCGCUUUGACAAACUGUUUGAACCAAAGAGAAUCUGGGACAUCGUUCUUUCCGAUCAUAUAUCGAGAGUCUAUACUUUUUUGUACGUAAUGGAAAAAUUGGCUCUUCCAAAGACUGAUAAAAUGACUGUGCAUAUCAUCGGUUCAACUUUGAUGGAAUUAGGCACCGCUUACUACUGGCGACGUGUGCUGCAUCACGUCAAACACCUUCGACACUUGAAAAUUGUCUUCAUAGGCCCAGAAAUCGAAGUUGAAUAUAAGAUGCUAUUUCCCUGUGACCGCUACACAGUGAACCAUCGCCAACUCGAAGUCGAAUAUGUAGGAAAACUGUAUGCAAGUUACGCCGCUGAAAAAUCAUUCAAGAAGCCCAGUUGCAUUAUUGGAUUCAACCUGGGGAUUUAUGCAAGUGCUCCAGAGACCGACACUUGGGCUCCGAGUAUCAGAGUAAUGGCCAAACUCGGUUGUCCAUUUGCUUGGACCGCGAUACAUGAAUUAGAAUCAAAAUGCGAUCGAGACAGGGUCAGUACAAUUAUGGGGAAAAAAUUUAAAUGUUCGUGGGCUGGUGAAAAUCCCUUCGCCAGUUGGAAACUCGUCAGGAAUGUAAUAAUGGGAGAUUUUUUUAAAUUUAAUCAGUAUCUCAACAUUUAUGAAAAAAUUGCUUGAACACUCGACUUUGUCGACCUAACUGGAGUGAAAAUUCCAUUGUUUCAACGUGUUGAAUUUCUUAUUCUGUAAUUCCCUAAAUAUAUUAGUAGUAUUAAGCUCAAAAAUAUCAUUAUGAAUGGUUUGGAAUUGGAAAACGAAUUCUUUACAGAAUUCUUGAUAAUCUCGUCCUCAUGAAAAUGCGUGAUCAACAAAAUUCUAAUCAUUUAUGCUCCAUAAAAAAAUUUCUUUUACAAUUUUUUCUCACGAAGAAAAAAAUACAUUUUUUGUAACAAUUUUAAACAGGAAACUUCUAUAAUAAGUUGAUCGAUAAAAACCGUUUAGCGGCUUUGACAGAUUUUCAACGCCACAUUUUCAGCUGUAUUAUCCAAUUUUUGUCAUUUCUGUAAACGAAAUAUGGAACAAGUGGCGACUCAUGAACGAUCCUCGUCACAAUCGUUACAUUCGAUAACAGAUGUUUAUUACCAGAAAUAAUAACAGUAUGUGCAAAUAUUA